AACAAAACCCAUCCCUUCAGGGUCCUUUAGAGCCAUUUUCAUCAUGCUGUACAUUAUUCUCCACACUCUGUAAUGCCUUAUUGCCUUUAUCCUUAAUCUCACACAAUCCAGCUUAAACUUCGGCCUUUUGACCAUUUCCGCGUACCCCUUUUCUCAUUUCUUUAUAUUUUUUUUCUUUGCCUUGUACUUUGUAUAAAAAGGGUUCCCCAAGUACCCGUUAAUCAUCAGCUCAGCAUCUUCAGAAUCAGUUUCUCAUAGUCUCUCUCUGCCUUUCUGCAACUCAAAGCGACCAAAAGGACUGAGAUGGCUUCACGUGCUGGGAUUCUAUUGGCUUCUGUGCUUCUCCUCUCUUGCUUAGCAGAAACCUCCUAUGGUGUUCUCUUCUCCACUCUGAAACAAUCUCUUAUUGUAACUGCUUCACACGUUGAGGCAAAUGGAACACUCGUGAAAGCUGGGGAAGACAAAAUCUCUGUUACGUGGGGUUUGAACCAGAGCCUCCCAGCUGGGACUGACUCGGCCUACAAGACCGUCACAGUGAAGCUCUGCUAUGCGCCGGUGAGCCAAGUCGACCGCGCGUGGAGGAAGACAGUGGACAACCUCGUCAAGGACAAGACCUGUCAGCACAAGAUCGUCGCCAGGCCGUACAACGCCUCCAUGCAGACCUUCGAGUGGACAGUCAAGCGUGACGUGCCCACCGCCACGUACUUCGUACGCGCCUACGCCUACAACGCCGCCGAGGUGGCGGUGGCUUACGGUCAAAACACGGGACCUAAGAAGGACUCCAACUUGUUUGAGGUGCAGUCUAUCACCGGGCGCCACGUGACGCUUGAUAUUGUUUCCGUCUGCUUCAGCGCUUUCUCGGUUUUAGCCCUGGCUGGGUUCUUCAUUGCUGAGAAGACGAGGGCAAAGUCGUCCAAAAGAAGUGUUGGUAACUAGGUCUAUGUAUGAGAAUGAGAAUCAAAAGAGUCCACUAAUGUUUGGUUGGUUCUAGUAGUACCUUCACUAGCUUUGUAUGAUCAUAGUGUUUGUUUUCUCAUAAGCAAUUAUGCAUUACCAUGUUUCUAUAUAUGAGAAGUUGAAAGUGAUCAAAUUGGUGCCA